AUGCCUAGAGAGCCACUAAUCGGAAUUGUCGGUAAACCGUCUUGCGGUAAAUCCACUACUUUGAAUUCCCUCACGGAUGCAAAUGCCAAAGUUGGAGCCUUUCCAUUUACAACCAUUGACCCAAAUAGGGCAACAGGGUAUCUAAAACUUGACUGUGCAUGCUCCAGGUAUGGUAAAGAGGAUCUAUGCAAGCCUAACUAUGGCUGGUGUGAACAAGGAAAAAGACAUGUUCCAAUCGAAUUAUUAGAUGUUGCUGGACUUAUCCCAGGUGCGUCACAAGGAUUGGGAUUAGGAAACAAGUUUUUGGAUGAUCUUCGACAUGCAGAUGCAUUGAUUCAGGUUGUUGAUGUUUCAGGAACAACGGAUGCGGAGGGUAAAGCAACUAGAGGAUAUGACCCUCUUCAGGAUAUACAAUGGUUACAAGACGAGAUCCGACUUUGGAUUGAAAAUAAUCUACACAAAAAAUGGAAUACUAUUUCAAGGAGACAUGUGGCGACAAAAUCCACUACAGUAGAGACCUUAAGGGCACAGCUUGGUGGAUAUGGAGCAUCAAAAGAGAUGGUGGCUAAAGCUGUUAAAUCUGUUCCAAAUUUGCCACGAUUAGAAAAAUGGGACAAUGAGUGGAUUACACGAGUUGUCAAGGCAUUUAUGAAUGUUAAAUUCCCAACGGUUCUUGCAUUGAAUAAAAUCGAUCAUCCUGAUGCUGAUAAAAAUGUGAGUAAGAUCAUGCUCAAAUAUCCAAAAAUGACUUGUGUGCUUACUAGCGCCCUAACAGAGGUUUUCCUGCGUAAACUAAAGGAUCAAGGGUACAUAGAAUACGAGCCGGGAACCGAGUUUGUUGAUACGUAUGACGAUUUAGGUCCAGAUUGUGGUCUCAAGCCAAUGGAUCCGGUAUUAAAAGAUAGAGUCGAGAGUAUAAGGGAUCUUGUGCUAUACAGAUUUGGAUCCACGGGUGUUGUUCAAGUUUUGCAAGAGGCAGCCAAAAAAUUGGAUCUUGUUCCUGUUUAUACGGUUAGAAAUAUUCAAACUUUCACUGGUGGUCAUGGAAAAUAUGUAUUUAGGGACUGCACACUUUUCAAAAGAGGAACGACCGUCAAUUCUGUGGCUAGAGCGAUUAUGGGAGAAGUUACUAUAGCAUCGGCUGAAGGAGUAGGUGGAAAGCGUGUAGCCAUGGAUGAUAUAGUCGAACCUGGAAAGAAUGACAUACUUUCAUUUAAGGUUGUUCCAGGUAAGGAUGAUGCAAAGAAGGAUGAUGAAGGAGCCAAAGGGGAGGGAAAAACUGAUAGUAAAAAGACUAAGCAUAAAAAAUAA